UAGAAAACAGAUAUGCCCACCCGCCCACCAAGGUUGUACAUAUCGUUCGUUGCCUUCUCCAAAAUCCUCCCUACCACAAAGAUUCAGUAAGAAAGAAAUGGCUAGUCCCGGGGGAGAAGACAUCAAGUUCAGCGUCCUGGUUAGCAUGUUCAAGUGGAUACAGGACAGCACGUCGAAGAAGCGGAAACCCUCCAAGUUCCGGAAGUUCCUGGACACUUACUGCCGGAAGCCUCCGGACUACUUCGCUGCAAUGCGCCUCAUCCUCCCUGCCCUAGACCGCGAUCGCGGCUCCUACGGCCUCAAGGAGCACGCGCUCGCCACUUGCCUAAUCGACGCCAUUGGCAUGUCCCGCGAUUCGGAGGACGCCCGCCGCCUCCUCAACUGGCGCAAGGGCGGCCCUAGAGGCGGUCUUAAUGUCGGACAUUUCUCCUUGGUAACCGCUGAGGUUCUGCAACGUAGACAAGCAGUGUCUUCUGGUGGGCUAACAAUAAAAGAACUAAAUGACUUUCUUGAUUCAUUGGCAUCAAGUGUAAACAGAUCUGAGAAGACUACAAUUCUUUCUGAUCUCAUUAGGAGAACAAAUGCCCAGGAAAUGAAGUGGAUUGUAAUGAUAAUUCUCAAAGAUCUGAAGUUGGGAAUUAGUGAAAAAAGCAUCUUUCAUGUAUUCCAUCCAGAUGCAGAAGACUUGUUCAAUGUUACGUGUGACUUGAAACUUGUUUGUGAAAAGUUAAUGGAUAGAAAUCAAAGGCAUAAGCGCCAGGAUAUUGAAGUCGGAAAAGCUGUGCGCCCUCAACUAGCUCUUAGGGCCAACAGCCCGGCUGCCGCAUGGAAGAAGCUCCACGGGAAGGAAGUUGUUGCUGAGUGCAAGUUUGAUGGGGAUCGCAUCCAAAUUCAUAAAAAUAAAGCUGAGGUACACUUCUUCUCCAGAAAUUUUCUUGAUCAUCAAGAGUAUGUACACGGAAUGUCAGAUAUCAUUGUACAGAAUAUUCUUGUUGAUAAGUGUAUACUUGAUGGUGAAAUGUUAGUCUGGGAUAGAUCUACAAACCGUUUUGCCGAUUUCGGCUCAAAUCAAGAAAUAGCAAAGGCUGCCAGGGAAGGUCUUGAUAGUGACAGGCAGUUAUGCUAUGUUGCCUUUGAUAUUCUCUAUGUGGGAGAUACCAGUGUUAUUCACCAAAGUUUGAAGGAACGACAUGAGCUUCUUCGUAAGGUUGUGAAACCUAUAAAAGGUAGGUUGGAGAUUUUGCUUCCUAAUGGCGGCCUUAAUGUUCAUCACUCUCCUGGAGGGCUAUGCUGGUCAGUAAUUUGUCAUAGUUUAGAUGACAUUGAUAAGUUUUUUAAGGCAAUAUUGAAAAACAGGGACGAGGGAAUUGUUCUGAAAGACCUUAGUUCAAAAUGGGAUCCCAGCGAUCGGAGUGGAAAGUGGCUGAAGUUGAAACCUGACUAUAUUUGGGCCGGCUCUGAUUUAGAUGUUCUUAUAAUUGGAGGUUACUACGGAUCUGGACGCCAUGGUGGGAAGGUAGCUCAAUUUCUGGUGGGUCUAUCAGAGCGUCCAUCUCCAGGCACAUACCCAAGGAGAUUCAUUUCUUUCUGCAGAGUGGGCACAGGACUCUCUGAUGAAGAGCUUGAAGCCGUUGUGACUAAAUUAAAACCCUAUUUCAGGAAAUAUGAGUACCCAAAGCAAACACCACCAAGUUUCUAUCAAGUAACAAACAAUUCAAGAGAAAGACCAGAUGUCUGGGUGGAGAGCCCAGAAAAAUCAAUAAUUGUAUCUAUCACCAGUGACAUUCGAACAAUAACAUCUGAGGUCUUUGCUGCACCGUACACCUUGAGGUUUCCACGUAUUGAUCGGGUUAGAUAUGAAAAGCCUUGGCAUGAGUGUAUGGAUGUGCAAACUUUCGUUGAAUUGGUACGUUCCAGCAACGGCACCACUCAGAGAGGGGUUGACACUGGGGAAGUGAAGCAUAUAAAGUCUAAGACCCAUGAGAGGAAGAACGCUUUACUUGUUCCUUCUCAUUUUGUACAAACAGAUGUCUCCCAUGUUAAGGGUGAAACAUCAAUAUUCGCGAACAUGGUAUUUUACUUUGCAAAUGUGCCUUUAUCACAUACCAUGGAUUCCUUGCACAAAAUGAUUGUUGAACAUGGGGGCACUUUCUCAAUGAAUUUGAAUAACUCUGUUACUCAUCGCAUUGCAGCUGAAAGUAGAGGGAUCAAGUUUCAGGCUGCAAAGCUCCAGGGAGAUGUUAUUCAUUGCUCUUGGCUCUUUGAUUGCUGUUCACAAAAGAGACUCAUCCCUCUACAUCCAAAGUACUUUAUUUUCAUUUCUGACCUGACAAAGAAAAAUUUGCAAGAAGAGGUUGACAAGUUCUCGGAUUCCUUUUACGUUAAUCUUAAAAUUGAUGAUUUCAAACAACUCAUGAGCAGCAUAUGUCAUUCUGAAGAGUCUAAAAUUGUUGAUAUCUAUAAGAAGAAAUACUGCCCAAAUUAUAAAUGGUGUCGUUUUCAUGAAUGCUGCAUCCACUUUUUUCUUCAUAUGCACUCUUUAAAAAGUUCACACCAGAAAGUUUUAUUGGAGCUUGAAAUGAGGAGGUUGAAGCUUGAAGUUUCUAUGGGAGGUGGCAAACUUACUGAUAGUAUUUUGGACGCAACCCAUCUGGUUAUCAUUUUCCUUCCAGAAUUAUGUGUGGAUUUCAACAUUUUGUUUAGGAGCUUUUCUGUAGCAGAGAGGCAUGUUUUCUGCAGUACCAAACUGCACAUAGUGGGUUCACAUUGGUUGGAGGAUUGUUGUCAGAAAGACCAGAAGUUGCCCGAGGGUAGUUAUAGUUUAAAGCCUGAAACACUUGAAGCAUAUUUCAACAAAGAGAGUAAAAAUGACUACAUUAUUAAAGACAAUAUAGGCAAGCAUGUCAUACAAUCUUCUACUGCUCAAGUUGGUAUGGAAGAAAAAGCUGUAGCUUUGGAGAAGUGGACAAAUAGCAUGCUGCUGCCUAAGAGGGGCGGUGGUAAGAGAAAACAGAAAUCCAGAGGUAGAACCACCAUGACUGGACGGGAACUGAUUGUCAAACAGCCACGAAGAGCAAAGGUUGGAAGCAAACUGGCCAAGAUUGACGAGAACCAAACUAGCAAAAGCUGCACGGCUACAGCAGAAAAAGUUUCAACCGAAAUGGGCGAUUUUAAUAUGCUACAAGAAAAAGAAAUUCAAGAGCCGUUCUACUGUAGCGGUGAAGGAGAAGAAUGCAAUGUAAAGAAAACGUUAUUGUCAGGGAUUGACCAUCAUAACAACAAUCAUCACGAUGCUGUUCAAUCAUUCUCACCGAAUAUGAUCCCAAGCCUUGAGAAGAAACCCAGCAGCUUGAGAACACAUCUUGAGCAUGAAGAUGAGAUCCCUGGUCUUGUGAAGAUACCAAACAUCAUGGACAGCGAUAUGCAUGAAGAGUCUUCAAUGGUACUCACCCCAAAUCCUAUUAAGAAAAAAAAAGUCAGCUACAAAGAUGUUGCUGCUGAAUUGCUCAAGGAUUGGUAAGGGUCAUCAGCGUGGCUUUCUUCACCCCUUUGAGUCACACACUCGCACCUUAAAAAAACCGGCGGGGCUACCUUCAUCCCGUUGGGUCACACCCUUAAAAAAACAGCGUGACUAUCUUCACCCCGUUGUACCAUGCUCUCAUAUUAUGUUUGUAAAAGGUUUGUAAGCAAAUGUAGUUUCCUGUUUAAUAAUAUUACAUCACCCCAUUAAUUUUACACACAUAUAUAUACUCCUUUUAUUUUAUCAUUUUUAUGUACGGAGUAUAUCUUAUCUC